AUGAACUUUUCAUAUAUCGCUGGAUGUUUAAGCACUGUUCUAGGUAUUGGUAUAGGUGCUGCAGGAGGUCAUAAAAAGGAAUGGACCUAAGAGAGAAAAGACUUGUUGACAAAAGCUACAUUUUAUCAUUUUAUCUCAAAUACUGGAAUGAUUAUAGGGUCAUAUAAUAACCCAUUCAACUAUUCCACUAUUCUUUUUUUGAUAGGAGUGACUUGCUUUAGCGGAUCUCUUUAUUAUAAAACAUUUACAAACAAUGAAGAUUUUAAAAGACUUCCCCCAUACGGUGGUAUGGCUAUGAUGUUAGGGUGGAUCCUUCUUGCAUUUAAAAAAUGA